UUACGGAAAAAUCAACAAAAUUUCGCGUUUAUUUAAAUAAAAGUUAACUUAAUACGUCACAGCACCCCUACCUAGACGAACCAACCAAUAGUAAAGUGGUAUGUACCACAUUCCACUUCACCGAACCAAUAGAGUGGCGCACGUGAAAAUCCACGAUUUACUGUCGCAAACAGUCGUCGAGAAAAUCGUAGUAAAGAAAGUUGUGAUGAAAAUAAUCAAUUGGCUACAAAAUUCGUACAAUCGAUCAUAAAUGUGAUCGAUCGCGGGUAAAUGUAAAUCGGGCUUCCAAUCAGAGAUGUGAAACGAAGACUAGAAAGUGUCAACAUUAACUGUUCAGUGACCUUUAAGUUAGUAGUUGGAGAGGAGUGUUUGCCUAUAUCAUGGCCGUGGAACUUAUACGCCGUGGUCUGCCAAAACCUUGGUCAUUUGCCGUGACGAGAGACGGAAGAAUAUUUUUCAUUAAUGAUGAAAUGAGGACCACAACAUGGCUUCAUCCAGUUACGGGAGAACCUGUAUGUACAGGAAAUACUAUUUUGCCCAAUUUACCAGCAGGUUGGGAAAGAUCUGUCAAUGCAGAAGGAAUAGAAUAUUAUAUAGAUCACAAUAGGAAAGAAACAUCUUUCAUUCACCCUGUUACUCAGUUAUCUGCUAUACAAUAUAAGCCAAAUGCAACAUCUAUUCAUCAACCACAUUUUAAUAUAAGUUCUGAUUACACUCAAAGUUCUUUUCAUAGUGCUAAUGGAGAAUUAAGAAAAUCACAGAAGAAGAAGGGACAACAUAUCAGAUCUCCAGUAGUAAAAAGGAAUAGUCAUUCACCUGUAUCAAUGGAAGGUUGGUUGUAUAAAUUGGAAGGUGGUGCCUUAAAACAAUGGAGAAAACGUUGGUUUGUACUGGCUGACUUCUGCCUCUUUUAUUACAAAGGCCCAGAUGAAGAGAAAGUUCUUGGAUCAAUUCUACUUCCUAGUUACAAGAUUAGUGCUUGCUCAAGUGAUGAUAAAAUAUCUCGAAAGUUUGCUUUUAAAGCAGAACAUCAUAAUAUGAAAACUUAUUAUUUUGCUUCUGAUUCUAAAGAAGGUAUGGCUCAAUGGAUGAAUGUUAUGUCAUUAGCUUCAAUUGUGCAGAAUACUCUUAGUCCUGAAAUGACUUCUAGAAAUCUUAGUCCAAAAAUCUCUCUUCCUAAUGAUGAUGAAGAUUCAGGCUUUACCUCAUAUAAAUCUAGAAGAUAUGGCAGUACUCAAGAUCCUAAUUCUACUCUUAAUAGCAGUUUUGCUUCUGAACAGUUACAUUUUCAACAUUCUUCUAAUGAAUUUGGAAAAGACAACUUUAGUGAUAGUUCUCAUAUUACUGGAAAAUUGAGUGAAAAUGAAUUUUUGGGAAGUGGUGAUAAAUAUCCAGGACAUUAUGGAAGUGAUAUUUCUCGACCAUAUUCAACCUCACCAGAUACUUAUAUGAAAGCUCAUCAACCUUUGUAUGCAAAUGCUCCUCCAAAACCAAAACGUACUGGUCAGAAAGAUCCCUAUGCAAUUGCACCAAAUGAACAAUAUAAUAUUGGCACAGAAAGUAUUGAUGAAAGAUUUGAUAUGACAAAUCAAAAACAUUUAGCAAAAUCAUUCCCAUACAGGUAUGGUGCAUCAUGUCCACGACUUAGUAAUGAGCAAAGCAAAUAUGUAAAUAGAGAUAAUGAAUAUAAUAAAAUAUCCUUUGAUUAUGUACCUCAUAAUGAAACUGUUUAUAAUGAUAAUUACUCAACAAAUCCAUAUAAAUCACCUACUCAUAAUAAAAAUAUACCUCCAGCAAGGCCUCAUUCUGCUGAUUUUCUGGAACAUGAUUCAUAUUCAGAUCCAUUUAAUGCUCCUAUAGCUUACCGGCCUAAAUCAUCUAGUAAAAAGAAAUCAAGUCAACCUCAAAGACCAAAAUCUAGUUUAGAAUGUUAUGAUCCUUACAGAUAUGGUAAUGAAGACAUGUAUCUCAGAGAAGAUGAUAAAGAAUAUUGGCAAAAAGAAAAUUUACCCCAUAGUCAUAUGCAUUAUUAUCAAGAUAACAAUAAUUCUUUUGAAAAACAAAAUAUAAAUUAUUAUAGUUUACAAAAUAUGCCUGUUGACCAACAAUAUUGUAAAGAUGAUGUUUAUGAACAUUUCCAUAAAACUCCAGAAACUUUAAGAAAUAAAAGUCAAAAAUUAUCAUCAAAUUCUGAGAUAGCAGUUGAUAAAAAACAAAGUAGUAAUCGUAGAAAUAGAGAAAAUAGACCUGCUUCAACAGGAUAUCAAAUAGGAACAUCUUUACAGUCAACAGCUUGCCCAGAUGAUAAAAAAUCUCAGUUACGUGAAGAGUCUAUGAAACGUCUUUUGGAAUGGAAACAAAGAAUGUUACAGUCACCUCUUUCAAGAAAAUAUCCACAGAGGUUAAUAAAGACUCAAGACCAGGCCAGUGAUUUAGAAGCUCCUCCAAGACCUCCACUGCCAGAAGAAUACCAUAAACAUGUCCUUCAAGAGUUAGAAAAUCAUGAAGCUCAAUUGCAGAUUCAAGAAAAAUUACAUAAAGAAAACAAAGAAAAACAGGAAAUACUUGUUCCUAGUCCUGAAAUGUUUCCCGAUAAAUCAAGACUACAAAAAAACAUUAAUGAUAAAGAUAAUUCUUUAAAUGAAGAACAAAUUCAAAGGAAUGCUAGAUCGCCUUCUAGAUCUCAGGGUUCAUCAAUGCAGAAAUUAUCAUCAUCUUAUUCAGUAAAUGAUAAAUUAGAUUCACUUGGUGAUAACAACAUUGGUGUGUUCAGAACCUGCAAAGAAGAUCCUAAUAUGUCUGAUUCCGAAAUCCACGUGAGAACUUCAACUAUAGAUUAUUAUAUAGUUUUCUUCUGUAUUAAAGAAUAUAACAUAAAGGAUCGAAAAAGAACAAGACGUCCAUCACAGAGCAACAAAACAAGAAGAAGCAGUAUUGAGAAGUGCUUGGCGACAAAAACUGGAUCAAUGUCAAAAAUAAAUGAAUCGCCAUCACCUGACUAUGUCAAUAUAAGAACAUUAGAUGAUAGUAUUAACAAUACUAAUAUUAAAUGUGAAGUUUUUGGUAGAUCAAGCAAGAUCAGAUCGAUUCCUGCUGAAGAAGACUUGAGAAAUCUUGCAGUGUCAGAAGAGAGUCUGAAAAGUGAAGGAUAUCCAGUGCAAAUUCAAGAUGUAAAUACUUAUUCUAAACAGUAUAGUGACUAUAAAAAUCAUUUGGAUGAACCAGACUUGCCACUGUUAUCUAAAAGUACAGAAGAUGAUGAUAAAAAAGAAUAUUUUCAAAUAAAAAAGGAAGAUUAUUAUAAAGCAUCACAAUUAUUUUAUUCAUUAUCUCAAGGUACUAAAGUAAAGGAAAAAUAUAUUUCCAAAAGUAAUGAAAAACAAAAAGCUUCAGAUAUAUCCCAAGAGAUUGAUAAUGAAAAUAAUCAAUUAAAACCCGAUAUUAAAUUACAGCAAAAGCCAGCUGAUGUUAAAAAGGGUAUAGAGACUUAUGAUACCCAUUAUUGGAAAAAUGUGGGUAAACCUUCAUGCACAAAUUGGGAACUAGAUAAAGAUGUUGGCUUGCCGCUACCACCAUAUCCAGGUAGUGCAAGAAUGAAAGAUGCAAGACAGAAGAAAAUGCAAUUACGUAUUAAUAGCUUUCCAAGAAUUCAUAAAUUAGAUAAUUCUGGUAAUGAAUUGAUACAUAAUAAAUCAGAUAGUAAUUGUCAAAGCCUAAAUUUUAGUUCCCCUAGCAGUCUUUUGGUUGAUAAUAAUGCAAUAAAGAACGAAAGUUUAUCUGAGAAGACACAUAUUACAAAAUUACAAGAAAAGAAUAAACCAGAAAAUUUAGAAAUACCUUCUCAUAUAAUGAAAAAUUGUAGUUUUGAAGAGAUGAGAACAUUUUUACAAAAGCAAAAGGAGGCACCUCCACCAAAUAUUGUUCAGAAUAGAAUAAAACAUUUUGAACAAACCUCUCCUAAUCAUAGCAAUGGAGAGAUUAAAAAGAAUGUAGGAAGUAAUGAAAAACAAAAAAAAGAAAUUUCUUGUAAAAAUUUAAAUGUAGAUUCUCAUUUAUUUGGUGAAAAUGCAAGUGAAAUAUUAUUAAAUAAAGAAAAUAUAACUUAUAAUAGUCCCAUAUAUCCACGACAGUUUUUUAGUGAUUCUGAAGCUGUUUUGCUUGAUGAUAGUAAAAAUGAUGAAUCUAAUGAAGAAAUCAUGACAAAUAAAUCUGCUCCCCUUAUUUUAUCACCACUCUCUUCAGUAUUAGCUGAUUUAAGGAGAACAGCAGAUACUGGGAGAGAGAAGAAAUUGGGCAAAGAGGAAAAUGGAAUUGAUGAAAUCAUAAUAACAAAAGGUGCUUUAAGAUUAAGUUUAGUAGAGGACAAAGAAACGGGUGAAAUCAGUAGUUUAAAAAUUUCUAAAGCUGAAGAAGAAGCAUAUUUGCCUAUGAGUGGCAAAAAGAAUUCAGAGGAACCUGAGUAUGUUGCCAUGGAUGAAGAUAAGUCUAAAAUUUCUUCAGGUAUCACUAGUUGUCUAAAAGAUCAAACUGAUAAACCAUCAGUAGAUGAUGAACCAUUGUAUAAUGAACCAAUAUCACCUCCACCCAGUUUCUUACAUGAUGUAUAUGAAAAAUCAAAACAUUCUCACUUUCCAUAUGAUUUGCAAAGUUCGGGAAAUUCUUCUUCAGAAAACAUUUAUGAAAAGCCCAAAUACUUAGAAAAUACAGAAAAUUUGCUGAUUAAAUCCACAUCUAAAAAACCUUCUUUAAGUUCUUUAUCAUUUAAUGAAACUAGUCAGAAAUCACUUUAUUCCAUGAAAAAUCACAGCUCAAAUGAUAUUUAUGAGAUAACUAAUAUUCCAAAUAAAAAGCCAGAAUUCCCUGAAAUGCUGAACUUUUCUCCUAAUAGACUGCAUCCACCCGAGAAACCUUUAUGUAUGGAAGAAUUUUUAGAAUCUGAUAUUCCAUCACAGUUAAAUGAUUCAAUUCCAGAUUUACUUCAGAUGAAAGAUUCAGAUGCUUCUGAUGCAGAUGAUGAAGCAAGUAGGGAUUUUGAUACACCAAAAAAUCUCAGUUUGCCACCUUAUCAAACAGCUAUUUUAUUAGGUGAACAAUCAUCUGUUGAUGAACAUAUGUCUACAGAUGAUGAUCAUAAUGCACAAACUUUAUUUUUGUUAUCUAAAAAUAUAAAGAUUCAAGAUUUAUCUGACAAUGAAUCUACUACUAAAGAUAUUAGUACAGAUUUAUUGACAAAGACAACUAAAAUUGCAGAAUCUGAUCCAUGUGAAUCAGGUUUGAUUCAUGCUUUAAAUCAUCAGACAUGUAAUGAUGAAAAUCGAUUCUCAGACUUUCUUCACAACAUGAUACCAGUGGAAAAGGAAUAUUUAACAAAUAAAUCAAACAAUGAAAAACAAGUUAAAGAUUUCUUUGAAAAUAAAAAAUUAAGAAAUAAAUCUUCUCUUCCUAUUAUUCACAAGCAUAUGUCAGAAUCAAUUGUAAAUAAUUCAGAAAAAUCAUCAUUUGAUGUAUCUAAUGUAAAUUUUUUUCCAAAUGAAAUUAAAUCAGAACACAGUUCACAAAAUUCAGAAAGAUAUUUAUUAAAGAGUUCUGGUUCCCUGCCUCAUUCAUUAGAAAUAAUUAGUUCCAGUGAUCCAAAUCAAUUAAUUUGUGAAAAUAAAAUUGAUUGUGCAACAAGUAGUACAAGUCCUUGUGCAUCUCUGACUCCUGAUGUUGUUCCAGCUGAUGAUCGAGACGAUACAGUUACAAAUAAAAAAUCAAACAGACAGUCAAGCAGGCUUCCAAAUGCUGCUCCUUACUAUUAUUCAGAUUUAUUACCUGAUACAGAUGAUAUAAAGUUACUAAAGUCACCUUUAUUAGAUAAAUGUUACUCACCAAGAAGUAAUCAAAAUAUGUUAAAUAACGUUAGAGAUAUAAGUCCUUCUAAUUCAAAUAAAGGUGAUAUAGGAAGAAAAGUAAAUAAAAUAUCUGAAAAUAAUCAAAUUAUUUCACCAAAUAAUUUUUCUUCUACAGAUAUAUCAAACUGUCAACAGAAUUUAAAUCAGCAUAUUUUUCCUUCCGAAAUAUCUCAUGUAAGUCAAGAGGUACGAAAUUCAUUAGAACAUCUUUUAAUUCCAGAAUCAUCCAAAUUUCGUGACGCAGAAAGGAAUAAAUAUGAAGCAGGUCAUACUUUAGAGAAAACGAGAAGUACAUCAUCAACAUUACAGUGUCUGAAACAGAGAUCUGCUACACCUGAUUUCAAUAAAAGUUAUGAGCAUCAUUAUGAAAAUUUGGAUCCUGUAUGGGGAGCCACGGUCAAAAGACUCUCUAGAUCAUUAGAAGAAUUAUUAGAUGGUGAUAGUAAGGUUAGGAAUCAGAAUGAUUGGCUUCCGUAUCAUUUUUCAAAUGAAAAAAUUGAAGAACCAUUUUAUGAAAACAUUGGAUUUGCUCAACAUAAAUUAAUAACUGAAAUUGAUGAUUCAUUUGAAGAUACUAUUAAAGAUAGAGAUAUAAUAGCUAGUCCUCAAGUAUCACCAGCUAAACACACCAUUUUUGAUACAGAUCAAUUAAACUUUACCUCCUCUAGAAAUAAAGAAAUAUUUUCUUCUCUGACAAGAGACUACACAAAUGAAACAUUACCAAAGUCAACUUUAUCUCCUUCUAAAUAUGAAGAUCAUGAUUCAGAUGUUGAAUAUUUGGAUCAGAAUGUUCUUAGAAAUGCCAGUAAACGUCACUUUCUAGGGAGAUUUUCAAAAGAAAGAAAUACUCCUCAAUUGAAAACGCAGUCAUCGAAAGAUGAAUCAUUUGAAUUAUAUGAUCAAAUAGCAUUAGAUUCUUUUUUAGCAGAAGGCCAGCGAUCCAAUUAUGAUGGUGGAGGAAAUAAUAUAGGACCACUGUUGAGUAGAGAGUCAAACUCUCAACUUAACAAGACAUUAGGAAAAAACUUACUAUGUAAAUAUAGUCAUCAUGAAGUCUUACAAAGGCAUCAGAUAAAAAUUCAAAAUAGUGUAAUGAGAACUGAAAGACAAGAUAUAAGAGAGCAAGAUUUUUUUAAUAGUUCUUCGGAUUCUUCAACAUCUGUACAUCUAGAAAAUGAAGAUACUUUAAUGGAUCCUGAAAUGACUUCUAGAAAUCUUAGUCCAAAAAUCUCUCUUCCUAAUGAUGAUGAAGAUUCAGGCUUUACCUCAUAUAAAUCUAGAAGAUAUGGCAGUACUCAAGAUCCUAAUUCUACUCUUAAUAGCAGUUUUGCUUCUGAACAGUUACAUUUUCAACAUUCUUCUAAUGAAUUUGGAAAAGACAACUUUAGUGAUAGUUCUCAUAUUACUGGAAAAUUGAGUGAAAAUGAAUUUUUGGGAAGUGGUGAUAAAUAUCCAGGACAUUAUGGAAGUGAUAUUUCUCGACCAUAUUCAACCUCACCAGAUACUUAUAUGAAAGCUCAUCAACCUUUGUAUGCAAAUGCUCCUCCAAAACCAAAACGUACUGGUCAGAAAGAUCCCUAUGCAAUUGCACCAAAUGAACAAUAUAAUAUUGGCACAGAAAGUAUUGAUGAAAGAUUUGAUAUGACAAAUCAAAAACAUUUAGCAAAAUCAUUCCCAUACAGGUAUGGUGCAUCAUGUCCACGACUUAGUAAUGAGCAAAGCAAAUAUGUAAAUAGAGAUAAUGAAUAUAAUAAAAUAUCCUUUGAUUAUGUACCUCAUAAUGAAACUGUUUAUAAUGAUAAUUACUCAACAAAUCCAUAUAAAUCACCUACUCAUAAUAAAAAUAUACCUCCAGCAAGGCCUCAUUCUGCUGAUUUUCUGGAACAUGAUUCAUAUUCAGAUCCAUUUAAUGCUCCUAUAGCUUACCGGCCUAAAUCAUCUAGUAAAAAGAAAUCAAGUCAACCUCAAAGACCAAAAUCUAGUUUAGAAUGUUAUGAUCCUUACAGAUAUGGUAAUGAAGACAUGUAUCUCAGAGAAGAUGAUAAAGAAUAUUGGCAAAAAGAAAAUUUACCCCAUAGUCAUAUGCAUUAUUAUCAAGAUAACAAUAAUUCUUUUGAAAAACAAAAUAUAAAUUAUUAUAGUUUACAAAAUAUGCCUGUUGACCAACAAUAUUGUAAAGAUGAUGUUUAUGAACAUUUCCAUAAAACUCCAGAAACUUUAAGAAAUAAAAGUCAAAAAUUAUCAUCAAAUUCUGAGAUAGCAGUUGAUAAAAAACAAAGUAGUAAUCGUAGAAAUAGAGAAAAUAGACCUGCUUCAACAGGAUAUCAAAUAGGAACAUCUUUACAGUCAACAGCUUGCCCAGAUGAUAAAAAAUCUCAGUUACGUGAAGAGUCUAUGAAACGUCUUUUGGAAUGGAAACAAAGAAUGUUACAGUCACCUCUUUCAAGAAAAUAUCCACAGAGGUUAAUAAAGACUCAAGACCAGGCCAGUGAUUUAGAAGCUCCUCCAAGACCUCCACUGCCAGAAGAAUACCAUAAACAUGUCCUUCAAGAGUUAGAAAAUCAUGAAGCUCAAUUGCAGAUUCAAGAAAAAUUACAUAAAGAAAACAAAGAAAAACAGGAAAUACUUGUUCCUAGUCCUGAAAUGUUUCCCGAUAAAUCAAGACUACAAAAAAACAUUAAUGAUAAAGAUAAUUCUUUAAAUGAAGAACAAAUUCAAAGGAAUGCUAGAUCGCCUUCUAGAUCUCAGGAAUUUGAAAUUUUACAAGAAGGAUUCAGAAUAUUAAAACAGAAGCAUGAAGAAUUGGUCUUGCUACUUAUUCAGUUGAGAAGAAAUCAACAUAGAAUUGCCAAAGCAAGGCAACAAUGUCGAAUCCAGCUUGAAAAUGAACAAUAUUUAGUUGAAAUUGAAUCCUCCAGAGAGGAACAUUUUAAAAAAUGUGAAGAACUACGCCACCAGAUGCAUGAAUUUCAGAAACAGUUUGAGAUGGGCCAGCCAUUAGUAAAUCUAGUAGAAAAUAUGGUAAAGCUGGGAAGUUUAUAUGGAUCUGAAAGAAAUUACGUGACACAUACUAAUUUGGAGGAAAAUACUAAUGCAGGUUCCUCAAAGUCAUACAUGCAAUUGUUAUCAUUAUCUCGUCAACUCCAUUCUAGACAAAUUAAUUGCAAGGAAGGAUCUUCUAAUAUAAAUCUUAGUGAAGACAGUUUAGAGGAAAGGUUGCAGCAACUUUGUCACUCAGAUAGAAUGUUACAAGAUGAAUUCAAUACAUUUACUUCAUUACAGCAAGAUCGAGGUAUUUUAGAAAUCACAUUAGAUGGAAUUAAGAAGAAAGUUUCAGAAUUCAGGAAUAAUGCUGUAGACAUAGGAAGAUUAUAUAAACAGCAACGAAUGAUUGAAAAAGAAUUGUCGAGAGUCACUCGGUUUCUUAUGCAAAGUAUACAGGUAUUUAAUUUUGAAAGGUUGCAGCAACUUUGUCACUCAGAUAGAAUGUUACAAGAUGAAUUCAAUACAUUUACUUCAUUACAGCAAGAUCGAGGUAUUUUAGAAAUCACAUUAGAUGGAAUUAAGAAGAAAGUUUCAGAAUUCAGGAAUAAUGCUGUAGACAUAGGAAGAUUAUAUAAACAGCAACGAAUGAUUGAAAAAGAAUUGUCGAGAGUCACUCGGUUUCUUAUGCAAAGUAUACAGAAAUUAGAAUGUUUAUCAAGAGAAAAUACAAAACUUGAACAAGAUGCCAUUGCUCUAAAACUUCAAAUCAAGCAGCAUUUACAAUAUAAAGUAAAUGUAGAGAAUUCCUCCACAGAAGAGAUAGAUAUUGAAUCAGAAUUAAAAAGAAUACAGCAAAUUAUAGAUGAACUCUCAUCUCAUAGGAAAAAUAUUAAUAGUAAUGUUGAGAAAGUAAAAGCCGAACUGAAGCACAAGUUUCUAGUUUCAGAAGUUAGAGCAAGUCCAACCGGUGUAGCAGGUUUGUUUGAAUUACAUAUCUUUGCUAUGACAUUUCUUCCACAAAAAAUAAACAUUCCAGAAAGAUAUAUUGAUGAUGAUCCAGAACAAUUAUCGGCCACAGAGAGACUAAAAAGAAGUUUGAAAGCCGAAACCAUCCGUCGCAUGCUAUCGGAAACAACUACUUAUGAAGAUAUUGGUGAUAAGCAAGGAGAACCAGGAGAGAUGCUAAAGAAAAGAGUAGAUGAAGAAAAGAAGAGGAGAGCUCAUUUAUUAGCAUUAAAUCAUGCAUUAGCUAGAGAAGUAAUGGAAAAAAGUAAAAUUGUAGCAGGUUGGAAUUGUGUUUGUUUAUUCUCUAAUUAUACAGUUAAUGUUUUAAAUUAAUGAGAAUGUAUAUUAAGAAGGCGGUUUUCAUGUUUACUUAACCUUUGUAGAGAGGGUUAGUCAGAUAUGGUGCUAUCACAAUGUAGUGGAGAAUAAACAUGGGAAAUUUUUUAAGAAUUUUCCCAUGCGUUUUUCUCAUUUCCAUUUCAGAAAAAAAAAAAAAAAACAUUUUUAACAGUUACGUCUAGUAAAAAAAAUCUUUCUUUAUUGCCACAUAAUUCCUUUUUUAUGUGAUUUUUUUUUUGCGGUAAUUUUUACCUAGUUUUUGGCGAUAUCUGCAAAAUUUUUUUGCGGAUAUAGACGUCAAUCUCUAGUGCCAUGUGAUCGCCCUUGAUGGGUAUAUUAUAUUUAUAUUAACCACUCUGCAGUAAAUUUAUGAACCACUCUGCGAUCACUGCAGAGUGGUUAAUAUAAAUGUUUAUUAAUAAUUGUUUUGAAAUUUUCUUAACAUCAUAAAGCAUUUUGCACAGACAAAAUCAACACAAUGAAACUCUAUUAACAACUUUUAAUUCUAAAAAUAAAUAAAAAAGAAAGGG